GUGGUAGGUACUCGCAGUACUCGAACUCGACUGAACCAUAUCCCAUCCGUCGUAUGUAUCUCACAAUCAGUGCAAGCUUUAACCAAAGAGACAAGAUUACAGGUACAUCGCAAUGAGCGUUGACGGUGUGUAGUGUGUGUCAGACGAAUAUUUCUUCCCUGACACUGCUCAAUUCGAACAGCGAGCUGGCUAAUGGAUAAUAAUCGAUAAUAAUCGCAGUAUUUGUUAUGCCGCAAAACGUUAAUCCGGUAUCACCGAGUAAUAUGUUUCGUCGGUAGUUCUCGUUGUGUCGUAAAUAAUCUACAUGCCUAUAACGUUUCAAUUGGGAUCGGUCGUGCAUGUGUCACUCGAGUAGGAGGCGUGUAUAUGUAUAAAUAUAUUAGAAUAUAUUUUGUCUAUGACGUAUAUUCUCGCCGUGAUCAUAUGAGAUAUUUGUAAUAUUAUGGUAUUAAACUCGGUGACGUUGAGCUUUCAAGUCUUGAACGUGCCGUCCUAAUUGUUGUAUGUAAUGCCUGGGAGUCGUUCGAGUACAGAUCCAGAGCACAAGUCACCCCGCGAAAGUGGCGAGGAUUCUGAGGAUGAGAGUGAAAUCCUGGAGGAGAGUCCUUGCGGACGCUGGCUCAAAAGGCGUGAAGAGGUUUACGUUCCUACCAAGUCAGCUUUAGCUGAAGGGUCUAGCUUUGCAGGAGCUCGAAGCAGCGGGGGUGAAAUUGAAAAAAUUCCGCAGAGCACAGAUAUGGAAGCUGAAAAGAGGGAUCUACCAGGCGUUGACUGUGCCUACCUUGCAAUGGACACAGAGGAAGGUGUCGAGGUUGUUUGGAAUGAAGUGCAGUUCUCUGAGCGUAAAAAUUUCAAAGCACAGGAAGAGAAAAUUCAGCUCGUCUUUGAGAAUCUCACGCAGUUAGAACAUCCCAAUAUAGUUAAAUUUCAUAGAUAUUGGACAGAUACUCACAAUGACAAACCACGGGUCAUAUUUAUUACCGAAUAUAUGUCGUCGGGUUCGUUGAAGCAGUUCCUCAAAAGAACAAAGCGUAAUGUUAAAAAAUUACCUUUGCAAGCCUGGAAACGAUGGUGUACACAAAUUCUUUCAGCUUUAAGUUACCUGCAUUCUUGCUCACCCCCUAUUAUUCAUGGAAAUCUCACCUGUGAUACUAUAUUUAUUCAGCACAAUGGCCUAGUAAAAAUUGGUUCAGUGGCACCUGAUGCAAUUCAUCACCAUGUCAAAACUUGUAGAGCAAACAUGAAGAAUAUGCAUUUUGUUGCACCCGAGUAUGCGAGUCUAUUUUCAGAUUCUGUGACUCCAGCCAUUGAUAUUUAUUCUUUUGGAAUGUGCGCUCUGGAAAUGGCUGCUCUAGAAAUUCAAGGAAAUGGUGAUACCGGUACCGUGGUCACAGAUGAAAAUAUCAACAAGACGAUAGAAUCGUUAGAUGAUGCUCAGCAAAAAGAUUUUAUUCACAAAUGUCUCCAAGUAGAUCCACUCUCCCGACCUAGUGCCAGAGAACUUCUCUUUCAUCCCCUUCUCUUUGAGGUUCACUCCCUGAAGUUAUUGUCUGCUCAUGCUCUGGUUAAUUCCACUACGAAUAUUUCUGAAACAAUAACAGACGAGGUUCUUCAAAGGUUGUAUGGGCCAGACACGGUCGUUGCUGAAAUACACUACAUCGGACGUCCUCCACAGCAGAUUCGCUCUAGCGAUAUUCCAGUUGCCGAAAAGUUGGAAAAAUUCGUCGAAGAUGUGAAGUACGGAAUAUAUCCCUUAACCGCAUUUAUGCCAAAAUUACCACCUCCGGUUCGACCUCGAGCAAUUUCGCCUGAGGUAACUGAGUCAGUAAAGUCUGUGACGCCUGAACCACUCGAUUUCGAAUCCCGUAGAGUUGUAAAUAUGAUGUGUAACGUCAAACCAAGGGAAGAAAGUCGUGAAUUGCUUGUAAGUCUUCCAUUGUUACUCCGACGUUCGCCUACAUCGCUAAGGAUGACAAUACUCUUGCGAAUGGAUGAUAAAAUGAAUCGACAAUUGACAUGUCCUGUUACGCAAAUUGAUACGUCGAUGCUUCUUGCACAAGAACUUGUACAUUUUGGCUUUAUCAACGAGAACGAUCGUGAUAAAAUAGGGAAUCUGAUCGAAGAGGCUUUGCGGAGUUGUUUCAAUAAGCAAUUGAUGAAUCCAGGAAUGGUGUCCUUGACAAGUCUACCAACGCAAACAACCCUGCUACUGUCUGGCUCUGAAUUUCCUAGCUUACAACAUUUAGAUAAUUCUAUUGUCAGUACCACAACAUCCAGUGGGGAUUGCUUGAGUGGCAGUUCUUAUGAAAGUUCUGGAGUAACCGGAGUCAGUAACAAUGACAUAACGGAAAGUAAGGAAGCGGAAUCGUCAAUAAUCGCCGACAGUGGCAGUUAACCAUCGAGUAUUUGUGAUAAUUCGGUUCAAUGUGCCACCAUACACAUUUUAUAUAUAGACUGGCUAUGUAUUUUUAUAUUUAAGUAAAUACGACGGAAGGUUGGCCUGGAUGGCCUGGAGGAUGGGAGGGGUCAUGGCUUUAAUGUGAGAGUAUAACCAAGACCGUAAAUGUGCACACUUUAAUGACACGUAGGUAUCUACGUAUACACGGUCUUGAUGUAUAGUAUGACAUGACUUCAAGGUCAUGCUCUCUACUCCUAGGGAUGAGGAUAUACUUCGAAGAAAGCAUAGGAAUGGUCAUAUUGUACUAUAUUGUAUAUCGCUGAAAUAUUAGUGAAAAUUUUAUAACGUUGUUAGGAUAUCUCAAAGCUUUGCAUACGCUCACACAGCGUAGCAAAUUGGUUGAGUGAUUAUUUUAUCUACUUCUAUGGAACUUUUCUAUGGGACUUUAUUUUCCAUUGUAGUCCAGCCGUAGAUACAUUCUCUCGCGGAGCCGUUCUAUUGAAUGUUUUAGCUGCCGAGGCGAUCUAAUCGGUGCACGUGACGAAAGUAUGAUAAGAAAAAGGAUAUCUCUGCGCCUUUGCAACUUUCCUUUGCUUCCAGACGUAUACCUGCUAUGAUUUUGUUCGGCAACUGCUCCAGCCAUUUGUAAAAUUCUAAAUCACUUAUAGACACUUUAGGGGAUUUAUACCCUCGUAAAGUCGCAUUUGUUUCCCUGAGAAAUACUCGUUUCUGUGUGUUAUUGCGAUUAUUUUUCUGUUUUUUUUUUUUUUUUAUUGUAACCAAAUCAAACAACGAGGACGCCGCGUAAAUUUGAUUUUCAAACUAUUGGCGUCAUUUUAAUACGAAAAGUGACGCGACAAAUUAACCAAAAAUAAAUAAAUUAAUAAAUAAAUGCAUUUUUCAUAAUAGCGGCGUGUGUUUUUCAUUUCAAUAAGUUUUUAUCGGCGAGCGAAAAUCACGAAAAAGCGUAUCAUGUUACGACAUAUUCCUGCGAGCUUGGUGGGGUACCGAUUAUCAAACCAGGAAUCAACUUGAGCAUGAGCGCCGAUUCAUCAAUAAUCAGAGAUAAUGAAAUCCGAAAGGUCAAUGAUUAGUCUUUCCCCCACGAUUUUUUUUUUUUUCUUUGUUUAAUAUUACCGAAUGUCGCUCACCAACUCCAAUAUUUCGAUUCUCGUUUGCGGAAAGCUGCGCCUUGCACGCGAUUGUUUAGAGCAGCGGUGUAAUGCCAAAUUUGUUCGUUGUACCUAUUAAGUGUAAUAAUCGUAGAAUGUAUAAAAUGUAGUAGGUCUCUGAAUCACCAAUAAACAAAUAUUUACAAA